AAUUCAAGACAGGAAACGCAGUAGUCAUAUUUUUUCAUCAAGAGUAACGCAACGCAACUUUUUAUAAUAAAGUUAUUCAUACAUAAUUUUUUGUUAAGCCACUAUAUACACUUCAUGUUAACCCAUUGAUAAAAAAAUUUAAUUUGAAAUAGUAUUUUGAAAACAUGCAAUAUUUAUUUUUAAAUAUAUGUUAACAAACCCUCAAAUAAAUUAACAAAUAAAUGUAAUUAAAAACACAUGGCAGUACAUAAAUCAAAAUCAACUACAAUAAAAAAAACGGUUGAAGUUAUCAAAUUGCUUAGUAAAAGAACAAAAGAUGAAUACCCGCGUGCUAAAAUAAAAGAUGGAAAAUACUUACUACCAUGGAAAACUGAGGAGGUAUUACCUAAUAGUUGGACUAACUUUAAAUCAUUCUUUUCACUUUACAGAAUUGAAAUACCAACUGAAGAGAAAUUAAAGGAAGAGCCAUUAAUGCACCUAAUGGAGGCUGAUCCUAACCGUAUUGAAAAUCCACCUGAAAAUGGCAUUCGUGUAACAUGGCUAGGUCACGCAAGCGCCUUGUUUCAAUUAGACAGUGUAAGUUUUUUGGUAAAUCCUAAUUUUAAUCCAAGAGGUGGAAAAAGCUACUAUUUUGGUGAAAAUAAACGGUAUAGAAAGCCUGUUUACACUGUAGAGCAAUUGCCACGUAUUGACUGUGUGUUUAUUACAAACACUCAUUUUGAUUACUUAGACUUAUAUUCAGUUCGACAACUCAAUGAUCGUUUUGGUGAGAUGCUUUUAUGGUAUGUACCUAUGGGAGUUGGUAGUUGGUUAUCAAAAAAUGGUUUUGUCAAUGUAGUAGAGAUGGACUGGUGGAAAGAAGAUGAGAUUGAAUUUUUUGAUCACACUAUAAUAAAAAAUGAACAAGAAAUCAAAUCUACUUCCUUUAACAUUGCGUGCACGCCAUCCCAAAGUUACCACAACCGUGAUUUUGAUAAUGAGAAUGCAAUGUUGUGGUGCAGUUGGGUUAUUCGUAGUCCUCGUUAUAAAAUCUUUAUAUCAGGAUCGACUGGUUAUGCUAAAGUUUUUCAAUCUAUUGGAAGAAAAUAUGGGCCGUUUCACAUGGCCGCGCUACCUAUAGGUGGUUACGAUAUAAAAACUAAAAAUGUUUAUGGAUAUGUUACUCCUGAACAAGCUGUGCAAGUUCAUAAAGAUAUUUUAUCUAUGUGUUCUCUGGCAUUAUCUUGGGGAACAUUUGCCUUUAGUAAUGAGCAUUAUUUAGAACCCCCUCUCAGACUAAACGAGGAGUUAAAAAAAUCCGAGUUGUCAAAAAUGCAAUUUUUUCUUCUCAAACAUGGUGAAUCCAGACUAAUAGAUGUUAUGGAAUCAAAAAAAGGUUACGAACCUCUUCCAUACCCAUGUGAUCCCUGGCUACUUGAAAUUAGUUAUGUUGAUUUUAACGAAGAACUGAAUUUAAUACCAAAAAUAGAAAUACUGCAUCCAUUUAUAGAAGAACCAGUUCCAAUUACAUAUUACACGAUAACAUUCCCUGUUGAGCCAGGUUUAUACAAGGAAGAAAAUAUUUGAAACAAUUCAUCAUCGCAUAACAGGAUGGGUAUCAUUUCAGCUACAUGAUGUAUAAAGUCAAUAUUCAGUUACUUGAAACAUCGAUUUUUAAUUAAUAUAAAAACUUCUGAGUGUGUCAAAGACAACAAUUUUUGCAAGCUAACCUUAACGUGUUUCAUUUUGAAAAAGGGUCUUUUCCAAGCUACUGAGGUAUUAUGUACUAAACAGAUGUUUCGACGUUUGGCCAAAAGAACUCAAUGAUAUUCCACGUUUUUUGUAUGUCAACAUUUGUUUUGAAAUAAAUUUGCAUAAUGAAGUUUA